AGAGUCCGGGAGGUAGACUUUUGGGACGGUGUCAUAACUGUACACUGUGUCUCUCCGCUUUAUCAACUUUAAAUGGGAAUCUCAAGGAGUUUGGAGCAUUUUUAUUCCGUACUUUCAGUAGUGUUUCUUCUCCGUUCUCGUUUAUGAUUUUGAUAAACGAUUCAUUUCCCUCGGUGUUCUCAGGAGGAUCGUAUCUAAUUUCUCACAGUGCAGCGGAGGCACUGAACUCGGGAAUGCCUUUUUCUCUCUUCUUUCUUUUUCUUUUGUUAGCAGUGAAUAUGUUAAAAUGAACGCCGACUGUAGAAAAUAAGUUGGUGGGUCUGUUACAGAAGUCGCUUUGGUUUCGGACCCAGUAUAAUUACCAAGUUAUAUGUGAAGUAAGGCAACGGUCCAUUUGCUUUGGUUAAUAAUAAGAUAAUACGGUGUACUGAAUUUAACUUCUUCGAGGAUUAUUUUUCGCAACUCCUUGGUUGUAAAAUAUUACCCAACCUUUUGGCACGACAUUAUAUGUUAACAUGCCUUAUAAGUUUCCGGCGGCAACCUGUAACCCAGCCUUUGAAGUUCAAGUCGUCGCUCUUCUGCGUUUUCGGUGGAUUUAUCCAGAAAAUGUGGCGCCCACAGGACGUGCUGCCUUCUGACGCUGUUUGUCAACUUCUGUUCGCUCGCAAAAUGUGAUUGUAAGGCACAGUGACUGGUGUACACCGUAAUAAUAAUAAUAAUAGUAGUAGUUCGGAUACGGAUGAAGAUCGACACACUGUUGCCAGGACCUGCCCUUCUGGGAGAGGAUACAACAGUUCAACUAUAAGGCAAACACGUUACAAAUGAGGACAUUUGUUGUCUGUCUCAUGAAGACCAGGCUGUUGGAAACCAAUGCACACUUCAGGCUCUAACACAACACAACGUGUCUUCAUGGUGCAUUUGUGCAUGCGAUGUUCAGCCACGCAUAUUAAUGACACUGGAUAAAAGUUCACUAAAGCUUGUUUUUUAUCUCGGAGGAUAUCAGUUUUCUGUAACGCAGGUGCUGGCUCCAUGUGGGCACUGAGAGAUACGCAUUUCUAUAACGUGUAGAGUUUGAAUAUUAACUCUGGUGCUGAAUGGAAGUCUGAGUUAUGAGUUUGAGUUAUGCUGGCAGUGCUCCAGCUUUAAACAUUUGGAUUGUAUCUAUUUCGCAGUAGUCGUCGAGGCAGAAAGAAGAAGUGGAACGUGUAUAAAUAUUUUCUUGUUUAUCCGUGGUCUUGCCUGCUUUGAAGUCCACCAUGUGCGGCCGGGCACCGCCGCUACAGCCGAGGCCAUGACCGUCCCUCAGCGGCGCCUGGCCGGGCUCUGGCCGUGGCUGCUCAUGGCGGCCCUGCAGGUGGUGCUGGGCCAGCCGGGCCUGGAGUCCGAGCGGCCGGCCCUCCGAGCGGUCAUCAAGGUGACACUGCUGAAGAACGAGCCUACGGGGAAGCCCAUCACUCUGGAAGGAGUGUUCGUGGGAGGAAGUGCCGGAUACGCGGAGGGGAAACUAAUGCAGUGUCCCACAAGGUACUGAAUGCCUCCCUUGACUGUCUGAGGACACUAUCUGCAUGUUUCCCCCGCCUGGCCCUCAGCACGGCCGUUUGGGAACGAGGGAUGGGAGGGCGGAGGGGGCGCUGAGGGAGAACAUCAAAGGGAGUCCAGUUCCGAACGUGAGCUGGGAUGAUUAAAAACCGAGACUGUUUACACUGCACUUCCCAUAUGGGCCCUCUCCUCCCCCUCCCUCUAGAUUUCUUGUCCAUACUUCCUAUCUCCCUGGAUGAGAUAACAUCCUGUCCUGGGCUCCUCGGGGCUCCUCACUGCUUUACAUUGCUGGGGUCGCCACUGUGCACAGUUUGUAUAUGUGACAUGUAUAUUUUGAAUGUUUACCUGAAGUGUGUGCAGGAGC